GUGGUUUAUGGUUUCAUGCUCCACACACCCAGCAAGUUUUAAUUGACAACCAAACAAAAAUAUCUGUUUCACUGUUUGUUGCUCCAGGCACUGCAACAAUAGGCCAGCCUUGCAGGGUACUUGCAUUGUGGUUAUGGUUUCACUGUCAGUCCUAUAAAGUUGAGACCAAGAAGGGUUCAUACACAGCAAGUCAGCCAGACAGGGAAGACCAGGGCUCUGGUCUGCGAGUGGUUUGGUCAGAAUCAUUUUGGGUCGUCCGAAUCUGAAUAUUUGAUGUUGAUGUCAGCCAUGUGUGGUUAAAUCCAAGGAAAGCAUGUGAGAUUUAGUUUAACGCACCAAGGGUUAUUGGAACACAGAUCGGACUUCAAGGAUUUCACACUGACCAGUGGAGAUUAAAAGUGAAAGUCUGUUGUGAUUGUGCAAUACAGUCCAAAGCUUGGUACAGUUCUUAUAGAUGUGGACUUCUUCAUGUAGAGCUGCAAGUUGCUUGUUUUUUUUGGUUGAACAACUAUUCUGUUUGUAUUCAAAUCAGUAAGCUGUCUGGAUAUUUAAUGGUGUUUUUACAUUACACACGAAUCCUGAAUGCUUUCAUUGUGUUUAUCGAAACCAGUGCAACUUGUGAACCAUGGAGCUACAUUAUGUAGACAUAGGUGUGAACAAACAAUCUGACACAGCUUGAUCUGACAUAAUGUAGAAUGAAAUUGUGAUGCCUUGGAAAAGUGUCUGGCUUUAAGUUUUUACAGACAGGAUGGAUUGACUUUCAUGAAAGUUAAGCCAUUUUGAUUUCCUUCAAGUUAAUUUUGAGACUGGAGCUGAGCAAAUUUGUCUGCAUUCUAUCAGGGCUGUUUUUAUUGUUAUUGGUCUUGACUAUUCUAGGAAUACAGCCCACUGUUAGUGUUUACCAGCCAACAAGUGUCUGUGACACAACUGGGUCAAGCAUUGGGUUGACCCUGAUUGACCCCGAGAUCAGACAAACGACACUAGUGCAAAACCAUCUGCCAACAAGAAAAACUUUUGUGCAACUUCUGCAAGCUUGGUGUUGGACCAAAUUCUCACUGGAUUUGUUCGGAAUUUCUUCUAGGUGUUUACUAAAGAAAGAGAGUUGGUCUGUUGUGUGUUAAAAUGCUUCUGCAGUCCAGGAUGACAUGUGACUUGCACCGACUGCUUCUUUCACUCGGUGUUUUGUGUAGCUCUACUUGGAUCGAUUGUACGAGGAGAAAGUUAUUGGAGUGAAAAACUGAACAUGUUGCUUCUGGAUGAGUAUGACACGGAAGAAAGAGUCAAGAAACAAUGUGAGAGUUUCUUUGCGGUCAAGGGAGCUGCCCUUGUCCUUCCUCGAAGCAAUGAGUCAAGACCCAUCAAGAAAAACCCAAUCGUUGGUGAGUUAUCCAAUCAUCUUCAGAGUAUGUUCUUAUUACUACGGAGCGUGGAUAGAAUGACACUGGCUGUACGACUAGAGAGCAUGCAUGAUGAACACGUCCGCUACAUCAUACUAGUGUCCUGCAAUGGGGUUCAAGAUACGGAAGAAACUAUUAUCAUUGGUGUGGAUAUUAUAUCAAACAGCGCCUCCAUUGGCCUGGUUCUGCCAAUCUACUGUGAGACGGGUAUCCAGCUAGAUGGAGAUGGAGGUUUCAGUGUUUGUUCCAAGAAUCACACCCAUACAUUCAAGCCAGUUUCCGUACAAGCUCUAUGGUCCGCUAUGCAAGCUGUUCACUCUGGAGUCUCAACAGCUCAGAAGUAUAACUACUUUGCAGGAGGCCUUCAUUUGACCUGGAUUGGUUACUAUGAAUCUAGAGUACAUACAGACACGCUACGCAUCAAAGAGUGGCAACUCAUGCCUGAAUUAGAGGUUACCCAGCCCCACGACUUUGCCCCUCUGUUUGCCGGAGAUGGCCAUUAUUGUCCGAGUGAUCGAGAAUUGACCGAGCAGCUCAUCUAUUUGAAAAUUAAAGACGUCUUAGCGUCACAAGAUCUGGACAACAUCACCUGCCUACAGGUGCGAUUAAAACUAGAAGAGGAGAUUGGUAAGAAUCUUAAGGCAUACAGACAUUACAUUGAUGAGCAGCUAAUCAUCUACCUCAGGCAACUAGACUCGGCUUCCCUCAUCUUUGAUCAUCUCUAUCUGGGUUCAGAGUGGAAUGCAUCUCAUCUCGCUGAGCUGGAGGCAAAUGGCGUUGGAUACAUCUUGAAUAUCACCAUGGAGAUUGAUAACUUCUACCCCAAUCGCUUCGUUUAUCACAAUGUUCGCUUGUAUGACAUUGAAAGCUCGGAGUUGCUGAAAUACUGGGAUGAAACUUAUAAAUUCCUCUCCAAGGCAAAAGAGACUGGUUCCAAGGCCUUAGUUCAUUGCAAGAUGGGAAUAAGUAGAUCAGCAGCUACGGUGAUUGCUUACGCAAUGAAAGAAUACAACUGGCCCUUAGAGAAGGCUAGAAACUAUGUCCGAAGCAAACGGAGAUGUGUCAAUCCGAAUGAGGGCUUCAUCAAACAGCUUCAAGUCUACGAAGGCAUGCUUGACGCAAGUCGGCAGAGACACAACAAGCUUUGGCGAAGCAAAUCAGAAAGCGCCCUCAGCAGUUCAACAGAGUGCAGCCAAGAGACCAUCGAAUCAGCUUCCAGCAAAGAAGACUUGUGUGACCUUCCUAACAUCACAGCAUCAGUCCAGCAAGGCCACACCCAAGAAGCACCUGUACUAUCGCCAGGUCUUGGGCUGCAUCUUGGCCCUGCAAGAAGGCGCUCCUGGUCCCCCAAGGACUCUGUCGCAGACGCUUACUUCCCUCAUGAUAAGCCAAGCACCCACAUCGAAAUUGAUUUUAUGAGGAUGGAUAGUUCAGAUGCUGAUGACUGCAAAGAGAUUCAGAUUGUCGUACCUGAAAUACUCAGUCCAUCAAGCCCAACACAGAGCUUGCCUUCUGAUCAGCAACUCUUCACUCAGGCGAACCUAAGUGAGCCUUCCAGGCUUUCGGAGAGUCUGAGCGUCACUCAACCCAGUUUGGUACCACCGGAGCUAGAGAUAGGAGGUGCCACGCUGCUUGUUGGAGAAUCACCAAGUGGUUUCAAAGAGGGUAUACCUGAAAUGACAAGUACCCCGAUCGAGGGAGACAAUGUAAACAGUAAGGAGUCCUCAGCACCUUGUGAGAGUAGCACAAACUCUGAAUCAGGUCUGAAUACAAACAACAACAGUGCUACGAUAGAGCCCCAGUUAAUCAAUGAUAUCCCUCCAGUGGAAGGUACGGUCAAGCUCAGAGUCAACUCAUUUGAGAAUCAACAAGUAGCCCCUGAAGCGGAAGUUGAGGAAUGCACCAGUACUGCAGAGAGUGCGAUUAUGGAAGAAGAAGUACCGGUUAGUUCAGGGACUGUUCAGAAACAAAAACAGGACAUUGAGGACAGACUCAAAGCUAAAGCUGCUGAGAAAGGGAGCCCUCCGUUGACAAGAUCAGGAAAGGUUUCCCCAGAUACCAUUACGCAAUCCACCAAAGAAAGUACUACCAGUGAGAGGAGUGAGCUUGUACUUAUCGAUCAGCCAAAACUUGCCGAAUCUCAAGACCUCUUGAAACCCAACACAGCAACAAUCAAAAUACCACUUCCUUCCGCUUCCUGCCUUCUACAAGAAAUGCCCGCCGCCAGUCCAACUCUUCAAGCUCUUGAAAUAGGAAGGAUCAAGAAGAUCACAGAACAACUCCUCUCCCAGAAAAGUCCAACAAAAGAUCUGGAAGACAUGGGCGAGAAGCAGUCACCGUUAGCAGACAAGAGGAGAAGCUGGAACUUUGAAUGUUCAAGCCCGCCUCCAGAUCAGCAAACCAAAUUCCAGCUGCAGAAGUCUUCCCCAGUUUCUUCCAGGCACUCAAUGGUCUUAGAAACCAAAGAAGAGUUGGGUCUGUGUUCUCCUUCUUCAAAAGUUGUCGAUGGUGCAUCUCAAGCUCAAUCAUUGUCCGAUGACAGCGAUGAAAGCCCACGAAAGGAACCCUUCCUUAGAACUUUCUUCGGGGAAGAUAUUCCUUUAGAACCAGGCAUCGUUAAGAGACAAGCAGAUGGAUUCGAGCAACUCUCAACUCAAGAGCAACUUGAGGAAUCUGAUCAAAAGAAAGAAGCUGAGAUUCGAAAAAUUCCGCAGGAAGACACUCUCCCUGACGAAAAAGAAAUGGUCGUCAUCAUUCGAGAAAGCAGUGGUAAAAAUAUCAAGAGGAAAUUUGAGGAUGACCCCAGACAGAAUAAACACAUCAGAGUGGAGCAAAGUGAGGAAGAUGUUGACAAGGAUGCGGAGGGGAGUGAGGAGAGGAUGAAGACAGAAGAGAUGGUUGGAGACUCAGAGGUCGUUGAUUCUGCUUAUCCUGAAGAGGGAAGCACCUGGAAGGUGGGAGAUGUGAAAAGACACACCCAGCAGUUUGAGGAUUUAUCUGUUGCAAAUGAUGAUUCAGAUCCCAUCGAUGCGGACUCCUACUCCGAAGAAGGCAUUCUAAUGAAGGAUAUUCCUGCCCAGAAUCCAGUGUCAGGCACAGGUCUGUCUUUAGAGACAGCUGAAGGCGUUGUAGAGGAAGCCGUUCAUGUAGAGCAAGAAGCUUUAGAUCUCAGUAGUGAAGCUAUGGAAAAACAAAAGAUCAAAGAGGUGGAAGGUCUCCGUGAGCGAAUUGAGAAACUUGGAUUCACCAACCUCAGGCGAACGGCAUCCAUUGCGCGUAUUUCCAAUGAGAGGGGAUCCCCUGUCGUGCUACGACGGAGAGAUUUCAGCCGACCCGUCAGCAUCAGGGGUAACCGUCCACGCUCAGACUCAGGAACUCAGUCCCUUAACUCAUCGCCCGAUAACUCAACUCAACUGAGCGAAAAAGUUCUGACUGUCGAGGAGAAACGUAAAAGCGCUCAUGCUAAGUUUUUUACUCCCCAUGUGGAUGCAGUGCCGUUGGAGUUCUUCCUAGAGAAACCGUCGUCGGUUGAGAUACGCAAUCUCUCUGAUCAGCCCAAGGAACCAGUGAAUACUGAACAGGGUAUCAGUCUUGAACAAAGUGCAAAGGGCACUGAUAAAAAAGUUACGGCCAGUGACAAGACAGAACAAAACAGCCCUGCGAAGGGUACCGAUGAAAAUGAGCGGGGUGCUCAGGACAGCAUUGGAGCUUUACCAAUGGUAACCACUUUAAGUUCCCCGUUUGGAGGAACGAAAAAGCAGCAUGGCAAAUCGCACCCUCUAUCUAAACUUAGCCCAGCAUCCAGCAAGCAUCCUUUUGAUAGCACCAUGUAACAGCGCAGUCUAUAUUAAUUUUUAUUUUUUUAGCAUGUCAAAGCUGUAAAAUCUUACAAAAUAAGUCUUGGGCCAUGUCUGAAUUUGCGGCUACAGCUACGGCUAGACUUCCUUGUCAUCAUGUGUUGAAGUAUCGAAUACACUUGGCAACACCUUUAGCAACAGUCGUAGCCAUAGCUCACCCAGCAGGGUGGAUACGUGCGCAUUACAAGUCUUAUUAUUAUUAUUAUUAUUAUUAUUAUAGCUGUUACCUCCAAUUUGGAUAUGGCCUUUUAACCCUUAGAUAUAACCCUACACAAUGUCUUACAAUGAAGUGAAUCUCACGUCAUAACAUAAUGUACUUGGGAACUUAUUACCUAGCAUGAUGAGGUUAUUCAGUAGAUCAUGUGACCUCUGUGACAUUAUCACAUGCUAAUAACAAAUCACAAAGUCUAGGGACGUCCUCCAGGCACAAUUUACACACACAAAGAAACUGAAAUAUCACAAGAAGACUCGGCACAUCUCAAAACAGCUUCAGCUGUUGUUACAAUUUUAAUAUAACUAAUAUGCAACAUGUAAAACAAAAUUCAUUUGUCUGGUGUAGUAUCUUGCCUGCCAGCAAAUGCCCUGGAGUGUACACGGUCACUAUUUUUAUAAGUGUGUUGUGGACUUCUAAAAGCACCAUGUCAGGGCUGGAUUUAAACAGAGACCAUGGCCGACAAGGCCUCUGUUGCCUCUGGUCUUGGCCUUGGUGCCCCCUUCAAAAAAUUCUUAUAGACUUGAAAAUUUUCCAAUGGAAGUGUCCUUGCAAAUUGAUAACAACCGUGCCUCUCAAAGAUGAAAUUCCAGGCUUGCAAAGUCAAAGAAGGAUUGCCAAGGUUGUUCUUGUAAGAGCUGCCGUCGAUUUCACAAAGAGUUAGGACUCGUUUUAUCUCGAGUUAGGAUGAGUAACUCUUCCUAACUUAAG